AUGUAUUGUCGAUCAUUAUUGGUAAUAUCUCGACUUAAUAUAAAUACAUCUAAUAUUGCAAAUCGAUGUUUAAUAACAUCAUAUAAUAAUAAAUUAUUAUUUUUUUCUCAACAACAAAAUCGUUACUUGUCUGAUGAUAUGUCAAAUAAAAGACCACCUGGUCGUAUACGUCGAUUCUUUCGUUGGUUCAUAGGAAGAAGUAAUUCUGUAGAAUCGAAACCAUUAACAACUUCAGAUUCAACAACAUCACUAACAACAAUGCAACAAAUAAAACGUUUUCUAGCACUUUCUUCACCAAUUGAACGUCUUUUUAUUCGUUCACAUAUAAUUGAAGAUGCGGAUUUAGCACGAUUAAUAUCAAAAACAGCUGCAGUUACAAUCUAUGCAUUUAUUGGUAUUACUACACUUGGUACAUUAGGUGUUGAUACGAAACCAUUACUAGCUGGUAUUGGUAUAACAGGUUUUACAAUUGGUUUUGCGCUUAAAGAAGUAGCUACAAAUUUUAUAUCAGGCGUUUUUCUUGUUAUAAAUAAACCCUUUGUUCGAGGAUGUCGAAUUAAAGUUCAUGGAGGUGGUGGAGGAAUUGAAGGUCUGGUUCAUUAUAUUGAUGUUCGAUAUGUACAUUUAAAGACUAAAGAUCGUGGUAUUGUAAUGAUACCAUCAGCAGUUGUUUAUACAAAUCCAUUCACUGUUUUUCCAGCUGAUGAUGAAGCUAAUGCAGGCUUUAUUGAUAUGACUAAACCACCAGCAACUGAUCCUACACAACCUAUUGAAUCUGAAUCAACACCUAUAUUCAAACCUAGCGAUAUAAAAGAAGCAAAAUUAAAAAUGAAUUUAAGUACAGAACCAGCUGGUUUAUUUAAAAAAAAGCCAUUACGUGAAAAACAACAAAAAUAA